GAUGUCAUGCAGGCAAGAUGGCGGAAGGGUGAGCCCGUCAUUCCGCUCCCAGGAGUUGGGGCCUGAAUUCUCCCAGGGUUCGGGUGCUGGGCCAGGGUCCCCAGGGGAACAGGAAGUCAGUACGGGCAUGGACGGAACAGAAAAGGCAGAGUGGAGCUGUAGGGAGGACGUGGGAUGGUGGCGGAGCUGGCUACAACAGAGCUACCAGGCAGUCAAAGAGAAGUCCUCGGAAGCUUUGGAGUUUAUGAAGCGGGACCUGGCGGAGUUUACCCAGGUCGUACAGCAUGACACUGCAUGUACCAUCGCAGCCACAGCCAGCGUGGUCAAGGAGAAGCUGACCGUGAGUACUGGCCCACACCUCUCAGCCUGACCUGUCCUGAGACCCUGGGAGACUCCACCUGUUCUAUCAGACUGAAGGCUCCUCAGGAGCAACAGAAAAAAUGAAGAAGGGAUUGUCAGACUUCCUCGGGGUGAUCUCAGACACCUUUGCCCCCUCGCCAGAUAAAACCAUCGACUGUGAUGUGAUCACCCUGAUGGGCACACCCUCUGGCACAGCUGAGCCCUAUGAUGGCACCAAGGCUCGCCUUUACAGCCUGCAGUCAGACCCAGCAACCUACUGCAACGAACCUGAUGGGCCCCCGGAAUUGUUUGACGCCUGGCUUUGCGAGUUCUGCUUGGAGGAGAAGAAGGGGGAGAUCUCAGAGCUCCUUGUAGGCAGCCCCUCCAUCCGGGCCCUCUACACCAAGAUGGUUCCAGCAGCUGUUUCCCAUUCCGAAUUCUGGCAUCGGUAUUUCUAUAAAGUCCAUCAACUAGAACAGGAGCAGGCCCGGAGAGAUGCCCUGAAGCAGCGGGCAGAACAGAGCCUCUCUGAAGAGCCUGGCUGGGAGGAGGAAGAAGAGGAAUUUGUGGGCAUUUCACCUACAUCUCCAAAAGAGGCAAAGGUUCCUGUGACCAAAACUUCUACAUCCCCUGAGGGAAUGCCUGGCCCGCAGAGCCCCUGUGAAGAGACUGUGGCAGAGGUGACUCCUUCUGAGAGCAGCGAGAGCGUCUCCCUUGUGACCCAGAUUGCCAGCCUUACCACUGCACCUGAGGCACCAGUGCUGCCCAGAGACCUGUCUCAGAAGCUGCUGGAGGCGUCUUCAGAGGAACAGAGCCCGGCUGUGGAUGAAGGCGAGACUGGACCUCCGCCCCCAGUUCCCUCCAAGACCCUGACCCCUGCUGGGCGUCCUACCGUCCCAGAGCCCAGGCCUCCAACCAGAGUAGAGACUCUGAGGGAGGAGGUUCCCACGGACUUACGGGUGUUUGAGCUGAACUCGGACAGUGGGAAGUCUACACCUUCCAACAAUGGCAAGAAAGGCUCAAGCACAGACAUCAGUGAGGACUGGGAGAAGGACUUUGACUUGGACAUGACUGAAGAAGAGGUACAGAUGGCGCUUUCCAAAGUGGAUGCCUCUGGUGAGCUGGAAGAUGUAGAGUGGGAAGACUGGGAGUGAGCAGCCAAACUGAGCAGCUCCCCCACCAUGCCGUCACCCACCUCCCUGGAGCAUCUCGGCCCCGCCCUGGAUGACACUGACCAAGAAUGUCCCCCCAGUGGCCUCUGCCAUCCCAAGCUCUGGGCACAGGUUCUGGUGGCUCCUCGCUGGCCCUUUGGGCCUCUGCUCAUGCUUGGGAAGGGAAUCUUUAAAUCCAAGCCCACAACUGACUUGUGCCAACCUUAGGAUGAUCUAAGGGGAAGAUAACCUACACCCUCACCGAGAGCCUACAUUUCUCUGCUGAAAACCCACUGCUCCUGGGGACUCCUGCUGCAAGCCCCAGGGACAGCUCUGGCCCUUCUGUGCGUAGACAGAAGCUUAACCACUAGUUUCUUCAAGGCAGCAGAGGCAGUACACUCUGUCCACUCAUAAGCAGGCAAGGAUGCCUGCCCAUGGCUAAACAGGAUUGGCAAACAUGAUAUGGUUCCUACUCGUGUAUAAGGAGCACUCAUUUCUGGGAAAUUUGCCUCUUUUGGAAACCUCCCUGUUUAGCAUUUUUCACACCUGGAAAGGCUCCUUAGGGUUCGGAAUCUAGAGACCAAACCGUAACUCACCUCCUUCUCUUCAGCCCACAUGGGAAUGUCCCCAUUAUUUCCAGGGCUGCUUCAUGUCAGAUGCACCCAAGUCCUUAGCCCAGCUGUGCCACCGCAAGGGUCCACCCUGGCAGUCCUUUCCCUCCACAAGAGAGGAGAGGGCCACUUCAGGCCCUUUUGUGCAUUGCCUGGCAGAAUACCUGGUCCAAGCAGCUACCCACAUCGGCUUCCCUGUAGCUUAGGGCACAAGGCAGCUCCCAGCAGUACAGAGCAGUGAGCAAAGGCAAGUACUUACAGCCUGGUAAGGUCAGCUGCUCUGCCUCCGCCCUCAGCUUCCAAGAGGAUAUGCUGGGAAAAUGCCCUGGGCCUCGGUGGGCUCCUGCAAAGCUCCCUCCCUAGAAACAGAGCCAGCCUGUGGCUCUCACCCUCCUCUCUGGUGAAGCUGCACCUUUUGGAGCAGUGAGGGUUGCAGAAAUUCCUGGAGACCCUGGUGCUUCACAGUUCUACUCUGGCGAUUCCUGUAUAUAGCAGCUGUGUCCACAGUGACAGAGGGAUAGGCAGGUCGCUGAGUGGUGGGCACUUGUAGUUGAGACCUUUAGUGAGGGGUGGGAUGGAAAGAAUGCUGAAUCUCUUUCUGGUGGGAUGGGGGUUUUCCUCUUUGUAAUUAUUUCUUUAGUUUAAUUAACCUUUUGGUUGUUUGUGCAAUAUUAUAUAUUUUAAAUUAUGCAUCUUCCCAGAGUAUUUUGUAGCCCAGAAAAGAAAAUAGGAGGGAAAAAAAGAUUCUAACAGCUGUUAGUUUUGUAAUUAAAAAGGAGAGAAAAAACAACUUUGUCCUGAACCUUUUGCAGACUUGGCGUUAACAUUAAAGAGAUUCAACAGAA